GGAUAACAAGCUAUAAAAGACUCGCUUCGACUUCCUGAGCUGCUAGUCGACAUUUGGGAAUUCCUAUUCUUGCAUUAUAUGGAAAAUUCGUGGACAGGAUGAAACACCUCGGCAAUCUCUUCGGCCUCUGCUUCGCGAUCCUGGCAGGAUCAAUACUUGUAAGUUCAACGACGAUUGACGCUUCGACGGGCGAUGCACACGAUACGAAGGAUGCCGAGAAUCAUCAUAUAAGUCCAUCGAAAUUGGAGGACGCGAAGAACAAUUCCGAGUGCCCUUCAAAUACGAACCUCUUGAAAGGCGUGACCCAGAUUGGAGAACGCGCCGUGAAGGAUCCAUCGCAUUCUAACAAGGUAUCAAACGCAUCGACAGCCUCGUUCGAUUCCAAGAGUAUCGAGACGCAGCAUUCAAAAUAUAUUGGCGAUAGAAAGGACGAUCCGUUUCAAUUGGAACAUCAACAGAAAGCAGUAAAUUUGUCGUCGCACGAUAUUUUACUGGAUCCUGCUUUAAUACGCCUGGUUCGCCAGGCUGAAAAGCGCAAUGCGGAUUAUCCGACACACGAGGACACUUCCGGCAAUGUCGAGAGUAUCGAUUUGUCGCAACGAGGUUCAGACCUCGAGGAUGAUCUCGGAGUAGCCGAAGAUAGACGUCAGUAUCCUUAUUGGUAUCGGGGACAGCCUACAAAUCAAAGGUAUCGAGUGAACGACAGGAGGGAGCAUUAUCGUAACUACUUGAGAUAUCCCGUGUUUCCGGGAAAAUAACUCUGGAAGAGAGAUUAUAUAUUUCUUUAAAACUUAGAUUCUCAUUUUCGAAUUUACAUAAGUGAGAAAAAGUAGCCAGAAUAAUAAAACUUUCUGUUAGAAGGAAGUAACACUCAAGAAAUGUAAAUAAAUUAUUUUCAAAUUUAAACUUGUAAUUAAAAUAAUAAUUUUUCAAGAUUAAAAAGAUUGCUUUUCUCAAAAAAUUCUAAGGUGUUUUUUGAAAUCAUUUUCCCUUGCAACUAAAAAAAAUGUUUUGCAAUAACUGAUGCUUGUAUAAUAAUACUUUACAAACCGUAUUUUUUAAAUUAAAUAAUUUUGUUACUGUAUGAAUUUAAUUAUUUCUAUUUAUGAUUUUCCUUAUUCAAGUAUGAACAUUUAUAUUGCAUCAAUAAUAGAUAUUAUAAUAAGAAAUAAACAAUUAUAUGAAUAUAAUGUGUCUGUUAUCUUAAAUUAUGUUAAUAUUAUGUUAAUCUUCAUGUUGAGUGUAACGUUUGUGCAUUAUGUUAAUUUUAUUAAAUAGGAAACAAACGUUAACAAUUAUAAUUGAUGUUAUAAUGUAUAUUUAUUUAUAAAACUUUAUGUACACAUAUCUGUAGAGGUAACAAAGAUUCGUCAAAGAUAU